AUGGAGGUCGGCGUGCGGGCUGCCCUAGGACUCUCUCUCACAGGCAUGUCUGGCCUCAGCCUGGUCUCCCCUGCCUGGUUCCAGAGCCCUUCCUUCUCCUAUGGUGUCUUUACGUACUGCUCCUGGCCACAGGGUGACCGCUGGAACCAGAGCUGUGUGACCUUUGGGUCCCCGAAGGACAUGCCUGGCUUGGCCUGGAAGGUCUCGGCUGCAAUGCUCCUGGGAGGUUGGGUCCUGCUGGCCGUUAGCGCUCUUCUCCUUCUGGCCUGGGCACUGGCCCCGAGAAGGUUGUAUCCCGGGAGGGGCCCUGGUCCAACACCCAUGGUGCAGGCAGCAGCAGCGGCCUCCACCCUUGUAGGUCUGCUGGUUUUUCCAGCCACUCUGGCUUCCCCAUUAGCCAAAGAAGUCUGUGAAGGCUCCUGCACAUACUACAGCGGAACAUGCCAGCUGAGCUGGGGCUACACCACUGCCAUCUUCAACACGGUCCUGACCAGCCUGCUUGUUGUCAUCAGAUGGCCUCGAAUGACCGCAAUCCAGAGGACAGCCACCCCCUCCUCUAAUGACACUCGGGGAAUCACUCUCGUGUCAGAAUAA